CGGGGCUCUCUUGAUACGAUUGAAUCAUCGAGAUGAAGUAAUAUUUGCCAGAGAGGAAGUGAAGUUGCUCUUUUUCUUUUAUUUCCGCAACCCAAACAAAUCACCAUGACUCCUGGAAACCACAGGAGUUAUCUGAACAACGCAUUAAAAUAAAGAUGAUUGUUAAAAACCACAAGUAGUGGUUUUAUCUGCAGGAAAUAAUGCUCGAAGGACUGGCGGCCUGGAUUUUGAGGACGUAUGUUGGAGAGUAUGUUGAGAAUCUAAAUACUGAGCAGCUCUCUAUCGGUGUUGGGACUGUCGACUUGCACAACUUACCACUGAAGAAAACAGCUCUUCAAGGUCUCGACCUCCCACUGGAAGUAAAAUCUGGUUUUAUUGGGCACCUUCAGUUAUCAAUUCCUCUACGCCGACCCAAGUCUGAACCAUGGAUCAUUAAUAUUGAUAAGCUUUACCUUGUAGCUGGCCCUCCCCUACACAAUAAUGAGUACAAUGAGCAACAGGAAGCUGAACGCGAGUGGAUCCGGAAAAAGAGACAACUAGACCUAUUGGAAUCACAAUGGCAGGAGUCACAGCAAAAAGGACAGACAGGAGGGUUUUGGUCAGGAUCUUGGUGGCCUUCACUCUACUCUUCAUUUUCCACAACCAUAGUGGAGAACCUCCAGCUUGUCAUUAGUGAUGUUCAUAUCAGGUAUGAGGAUGCUUCUAUAGACCAGCACACCCCAUUUGCUUGUGGCAUCACAAUAGACAGGCUGGCAGCUCAGUCCACUAAUGAUAAAUGGGAGACAGAGGAAGUAAUCCAGAAUGAUCAUUCAAUCAAAUACAAGUUGAUUGAUCUCCAAAACUUUGCCAUCUACUGGGACAGUGAUGCCCCUCUUGUCGGAGAUUUGCCUUCAACCAAGUUAGAGGUGGCAUUACAGAGGACGAUUGACAAGUCAUCUGGUUCAAUUGGCAAACACAGUUACAUCCUUGAGUCCAUCAGUGCAAGUGCCAAGCUGCAGCGUAAUGCCACAGCUUUGCCGCUGAGAGAUAAGAAUCCACGGUUUGUAGUGGAUGUGCAUGUGGAAAGGAUUCCUCUGUCUCUGGCAGAGGUUCAGUACAGAAUGGGCAUGAAGCUGAUGGGAGAAUUUGAGAGAUUCUUUAGGCAGGCAAGGUAUCACAAGUGGAGGCCCAAGGUCCCUGUGAAAAACAAUGCAAAGCUCUGGUGGCAGUUUGCAUCCACAUGUAUCUUGCACUUCAUCCAAGAACGCAACAGGCACCACACCUUGUCUUUUGCGACUAAGCGGGCACACGAUCUGGUUGUGUAUGUCAAGCUCUAUACUGAGCACCUGAUGAGCAAUCAGCUAGAGUCAGCCAAGAAGGAGGAACUGGAGAGGAUUGAACAGGAGCUGUCUUUUGAGGAGCUUGCAGUUUUAAGAAGGUUGGCCAUGAGAAAAGCAGAGAAGGCCUUGGAGCUUGUCAAGGCGUCGACUCCUGACGUAGCCCCAGUAGCACCAUCUGAACCAACUUCUACAGCCUCCCAGGGCUGGCUGGGCGGCUGGUACUCCUGGUACUGGAGUGCAGAUGGUGCUGCCCCAUCCAAAACAGGAGAUGCUACCGACAACACAAAGCCUCCAUUCAAGAUAGAGCCACCAAGCACAAAAGAGGAAGAAGAGUUCCUUGAUGAGCUAAGUGACCCAAGCAGGAACCAGUCGAUCUUCAACAGGGACAAGGUCUUUGCCCGGCUCAACAUCUGUCUUGAUAGUGGCUCCUUUAAGCUGCUGAACAGCACUAGCUCAGGCCACUCCUCUACCCCUAUAGUGGAGGUUGAGUUCUGUAAUGCGACAUGGGAGUCUGAAGUCCGUCCACAGUCAAGCACCUGGGAGUUUAACAUGAGCUUGGGCGCUAUCCAUGCCAGGGACCGAUUCACAAAGGGCACUUUGUUCGCUUCUUUGGUUUCUCCACAAGAAAGGAAGCCCUUGGCGGCCCAGAAGUCUAGCAACCACUCCUCCAUCUCCAUGCUGGCCAUGUCAUCAACAGCUCUAGGGCUGAAUAUCCUACAGGAGUUUGAUGAAGAGCCAGUGUUUGAGAUGAGGUUUGAGCAGAUGCCGCCAAAGAGCAAAGUUGCUUACAGAUUCUCCAUCACCACCCAGCCCCUAGACAUCGUGUGGAACCCCAGCGUGAUUGACAGAGUUUCUGACUUCUUCUCCAAUGACACCUUGAGUGCCCAGUAUGUGAACGUUGAGAGGCAACUGAGAGAAGCAGCGUGGCUGAGAUAUGAAGAGCUGAAAAACCAGACGAAGGCAGAGCUGAAACAGACUCUGGACUCAAUGAUGGAAGGAGUGCAGAUAGGAAACGUUAAAAGCUGGGACAUUCAGUUGGAGGUCUCCGCCCCACGUUUCUUUGUGCCGGAGAACUUCAAGGAUAGGAAGUCAUCUGUGGUCCUAGUAGAUUUUGGACAUCUUAGUUUUAAGAACUCGGAGGCAAUGGAGAGAGAGAAGCGAAUAUCUGAGGAAGAAGACACUGAUGUUGAAGAUGACUCAUUUGUGACGCCCAUGAGUACUCCUCCCUCCGAACAAGAAGACGAAAACGAUGCAGGGAUUUGCUCCACGGAGUCUGCCAUGAGACUCGCAGAAAACCUGAACCCUGAAAAGAUCAAAGAAGCUAUGUAUGACAAGUACAUGCUAGUCUUCUCAGACAUCCAGAUGGUGGUUUGUCAUGCCAGGGACAAAUGGUCAGAUGUGACCAGUCAUCACUUUGGCUCAAGCGAUCUACACGUUGUGGACAGAUUCACCAUUAAACUGACACUUGAGAGACGCCUGAUAUUCACAGCCGACCCUCAGUGUCCUGCGGUGCUGUUAUCUGGCAACCUGCCGAGCCUAACGUUCCAUGUCAACGAGUACAAGUGCCACGCUCUCACAAAAUGCUUCAACCAGUUGAUCCGCCCAUCUAAGUCUCCAACUGUCCCACCACGAGAUAUGCGAGCAAUGGCAACAUCCACUCCCCUUCGCCACCCUCAAGGUCCUGCUUCAGAGUUUGACAUGAAUCAUAGCAUGGAUGAGCUGUAUUAUAGCAUGUACAGUAGUCAGGUCACACUCGAUGACUCAGCCGACAUACUGAGCAGGAAAACCAGUGAAGCAGUCCUUGAGUCUGCCUUGGAAAGCAAGACCAAAGAACUGCUUGUCGAGUCGCGUCAAAUGGUUGUACAAUUCACGAUAGACAGGGUCUCUUGUGCUGUGCAUAGCAGAGCCCGUCUGAUAGCCGAGCUACAAGUCCAUCGUGUCGCUACCGAGUACCUUAAGCGCCCUUACGACUCAUCCGUCUCCUUCAAGGUCCAUGGCUUGUACUUGGUGGAUGCCAUCCAGUGCUAUGGACCUGAGUUCGACUUACUUGUGUCAUCUUCCAAACCGAGCUGGACAGGUCCUGGAUCUGAUAGCUUUUCAUCACCUGAUAAAGGCGAAAGAACUUUGACUGAAACAGUUUCAAGCGCAUUCUCUGCCAUGGCGGACUUCGUUAGACCUGGGUCCAAGCAGGAAAAAUCACCAGCGUCAGAAGACUCAAUACUAAAGGGCGUCACUUUGCCUUCCUUGACAAGCGUUGCAAGUGCUUUCACGUCUAUGGCCGACAGGGUGAAGCCUGGGACCCAUCAAGUCCAUUCACCUGAUGACUCCUCAUUCAAGGGCGGCCAUAUUCCGAGUGUGUCAAGUGCCUUCUCUGCCAUGGCUGGCAUGAUAAGGCCUGGAUCGAGACAGGAUAGGUGUUCUAGUGCAGACACGAUUGUGGAGUCGCCGAUGCCUUCUGCAACACUGGACGAGAAUGACUUGAUAUCAUUAGAGUACUUGCAAGUCAGCAAGGACUGUCCAUCGACAGAAAAAGCCUUGAGAAUGGCUACAUUGCAGUUUAAUUCUUUGUUUUGUAUAGCAAACCAAGAGACGUUAGCUGUGCUGGCGCAGUUUUUCAACGUUGCGUUCCCCUCUGGUGUAGAAGAAUCCCCGAGCCAUCGAUUGACUUCAGUUCCUGAGGAGACGAUACCGCCCGGCGUUACAGGACCAACCCAGGCUGAUGAAGACCAGGCCCCACUAGAGAUAAAUGCUUCUUUUUGCUCCAUCAACAUUCUGCUGGCUCGGAGCAUCAAAACCAACAACAUGAAGACGAUACGCAAAGUUGCUGACGUCACUGUUAGUGAAGUGCUGAUCACGUGUUCACUAGUAGAUGGACUAACAAUCUCGGGGUCUCUAGGGGGGUUACGGAUAAUGGACCUUACCCCAGAGGGAUCCCAGCACAGGUGUGCCCUCACGUGCGGGACUAUAACGGACCCUAACCCUAAAGACCCAUAUAUACCUGAUAAGCUCCCAGAAGAUGACGACGAUGAACCAUCUGAUUUAUGCGCGUUUCGUUUCAAGCUUAUUCGUCCUUCUUAUGGUGGGCGUCUUCCAGAGGUCAUAGUUCGGCCAGCUGAUGAUAGCCCCGAGGAAGCUGCAGAGAUUAGCAAGCAUGUGCAAGUUUUGGUGGAGAUGGCGUCAGCACAGUACACCCACACCCAACGUUUCUUGUCUGAGCUGAUGCUUUGUGGUGGAGACUAUGCCCAGGCAGCUAAGGACGUUGGUGAGACCCUUCGACAAGCUGCAAGCAAUGUUGCCAUGGGGCUUGUCAGUAAGAAGAAGUCGCUAGUGGAAGAGUUGGACUAUUUGUCCUCUUCAUUCAUGGCUACGAAUCGAGAGCCUGAGGGUCAUAGUAGUCGGCGGCACAGUCUUGACGAGGGAAUCUCUGGUGAGAUUCUCCUCGAAGGGGAAGAAAAUGAAGACAACUACACGGCAAAGCCAAAUCGCAGGGUGUACAUGUACGUGUCUAUUGAGACACCUGUGGUCCACCUACCUCGUAGUAGCAGCAGCCGUGACGUACUUGUGGCGAACCUUGGCGAGAUCAAAAUAAGGAACACGCACAUGCUGCAAACUAUAGAGGAGCAAGAAGAUGAGGAUGUUAUCACUGUGGAUUACGAUAUUGACCGCGUCCAAGUGGACAUACAGGACAUGAGUUUAUACUCUAUAACUCUUUCCCCGGAGCACCUUAGCAGGAUCUCCAGCGGCCACACCCUGUCUGAGACCCUCCUGGGCGGAAGUCCAUCUAAGGUUCCAAAGACAGGCAUCCAUAUUCUCCAUCGUACGGGCUUCCAAUUGUUGUUGGACAGGCAGUCCGUCGAUGAGCAAGGGUUCCGGUCAGGGCUCGAGCAAAAGAAGCCGACCAUCUGUGUGGAGGCACGGGUGUCUACUCCCCUCAAGCUCGAGCUGUCUACCUAUACUUACAAGCAGCUUAUGGAUACUGUGGAUAAUCUGGGCGGGGGGGAGGACAAUGUCAAGAUACCUCCUCCUGCGAGUGAGCAUGGGUCUGUUGCAGGAAGCCCCCCCACCCAGUCACCUACUCUGUCGCCAAGUUCAUCUUCUUCAAAUCUUGAGGCGUACUUUGACAAGUCUGUCACCACAAAAGUCUCCUUCGCACCUUUAGAAGGUCACCACGUCAACAGCUCUGAUCAUCUGGAACCACUAGAACCAAGUCACGCUGAGGAACCAGACGACCCUACCCCAAUCGUCGCAAACGUCACCGUCCCACACUUCAGUAUUAAACUCUGCGGUGAACUACAGAACGUUGAACACGAGAUCGUAGAUAUCAAAUUCAGCGACUUUUACUUGAACUAUCAGAAUGUCAAGCCUACGUUAACUCAGUUUGAGGUGUACCUGGGCGGGUUACUUGUACAAGAUCUCUUCCAGGAUCCAACCUCUGAUUACGCUUAUCUGAUGUCUUCUUCCAACCCUCGUGGGUCAAAGAAUAGAGCGCGUUCCUUGUCAGCAUAUCACUCUUCCCUCUCCACAUCUUGCCCUACUAUCUCAGAAUGCGGGCUCACUUCUGAUCUCUCUUCCUCGUUACCAUCCUACCUUCCUGAGUCCCCACGCCGCAUUCCAUUCAGGACACUGUCGCCACUGAGGCCGUUGAAGCAUGGCCAGUGUCCGUCGCUACCGGCGGUGAGAAGCACGCUGGAUCUGGGUAUGGACAGUGGGGAGGAGAGUGCACACAAGAGGAAGCUAAAUGAGCGACGCAAGCUCAAGGAGAACGCGCUCGUCACAUGCUAUGUUACACUGGUCAAGAAUGACGAUGAGGAGUUUGAGACCAAGUAUAAGUCGGUUCACCGCCGCGUCCAAGUUGACUUCAACUCGCUGGAUACUGUGAUCAAUUUGCAGACCUGGGUUCUAGUUCUAGAGUUCUUUGGUAUUGGGGUUGCGCCACCUCCAUCCCAGGCUUCUAGUCCAGUCACACCACAGGCACCUGCCAAUUUUGGCAGCAUGGAUCUAGACGACCAGAUGCCAUUAGAUACAUCACCAGAUGAUAACAAGUCAAUUAAUACAAAAGUCGACAUUCAAGUGGCUUCCCUGACCUUGACCGUGAACAAGUCUCAGUACCCUCUUGCCAAGGCCAAGGUGACUGGUUUAAGCUGCUACCUCGACAUGAGCGAAGGGAAUAUGGCUGCUGAGGGCAAAUUGACCAACAUCUCUCUCACAGAUAUGUCACCGCAUGGGGCACUCUACAGGGAGAAAUUCAAGACAUGUGGCAAAGAAGCCCUAAGCUUCCAGUUUUUCAAGUACGGUGAGCCUGACCUUGACCUUGACCGGCCCUUUGACAUGAGUCUUGUCCUGCGCAUGUCAUCCGUGCAGUACGUGCACACCAAGAGAUUCCAGUCGGAGCUGGUUGCAUUCUGCCAACACUACCUUCAACUGCAAGAGGUGUUGGGGCGCAUCAGGGCCGAGGACGCAGGCAAUGCUGUUUCCUGGAUGAUUGGUCGUGGGUCGCGUGUACUCCUGGACAUCCAGGCAGGCAGCCCGGUCAUCCUGGUCCCACGAUCUGCCAAAUCAAGUCACAUGCUGGUCGCUGACCUUGGCGACCUGACCCUCAAGAAUUGCUUCCUAUGGGAGGAGUCCCCGGGGACAAUUUCACACAAUACUGGGCAAAAGAGGCGAACGUUAUCAGAUGCCAGUAAGGCCAAGACUCGUCACACUUGCUUGUUAGACUGUAUGACCAUCGAUCUCGUCGAUAUGGACCUAUUCACCGCUGUACGUGAGCCCGAAGUUCCUGUCAGCAGGGAAUUCACUUACACGCCACAGGGUGUCAAGCUGCUGAAGGAAAAGUGUCGACUUAACCUCCAAGUGGAGCGGAAUCUUGACUGGGCAUUUAGUCGGGCAGUACCAGACUUCUUGUUUAGUGGCCGCUUGUCGUCUGUAAGUGCUGGCCUGGACUACUCCCAGUACUGCUUGAUACUCGGUCUGCUCGGGGAGAACUUCGGUGAAGAGCUAGAGGAGUUUGAACGCCCGUCUUCCUACUUGCACGAUCCUCUAGGGCCGCCUCCUGAGUCAGAAGACGUUUGGACGACACUGCGUAUGUCCAUCGUCCUUGUGAACGUCAGCUUAGAGCUCCUACCCGUGCAGCUAUUCGAGCACCCGGAACAAGCCUCUGAUGCACCACUCCCCUCCCUGGCGAGAAUAGACUUCAUCAGGUCAACCUUCGAGUUCGAGACGUUCUCUGAUUGGUCCAAAACCAUCGAUUUGGUCUCUUCUGAAGUAAUCUUUGAGGAUACUAGGGAAAUGGACGACGCCGACCCGUGCGUGUUCACCGAGGUGUUAAUGCCCAAGAGGUCAGCAAGCUCUCCGCGUGAUGAUGAAGACUCGCUACAGUUCGAGGUGCAUUACCGUGACACCCUGCAAAAGACCCUGAUGACCAUCUUGUUCAACCACAGCCGCAUCGUGAUGAUACUAGACUACCUGCUGGACACGUACAACUUUAUCAUGUGCAGGAUGUUCAACGAUGACGAACCCAAAGACCAAGAGACCACUAGUGCCACAACUAUGGCAGACGAAACGUUAGAUCAAGAAGAAUCCGUCUCUAAGGCAACUUCUCCCCAGACCUCCUCUCCAGCCCAGUCAGGCGUGGUUACUAAGUGUGAACUACCUACUGCGCAGGCGCAAGUGCAGAAGACGUUUGAGUUGAAGGUGAACAUUUCGGGAACGGAAUUUGUGGUGCUAGAGAGUCUCGGGACUCGGGACACAAAUGCUGUCGUACUUAAGCUGACCGCAGUGUUAGCAUGGCGACCGCACCUGCAGACCCAGAAGUGGUUAUCGUGCAGCAUUCAGAACUUGGAGAUGUUUUCCUGCAUCUUCUCGUGCGAGGAAGACACCGCCCAGUCCAUCAUUGACCCAACCACAGCACUGAUCGACCUGAACAAUGCUCGCCGCCAACUGGGCCGUCGCACCGUGGGGCUUCUAGAAAUUACCAGCGAACCUCUUCCAAGUGUAGAGAUAACUCUUCAGUCUUCCUUCAACAUGCGGAUUUCGUACAAUGAUUACAAGUUGUACCUGAGUAUCUUUGACUCGGUGAUGCGCCAGCUUAACAAGGCCAUGAAGACAGAGAGCAAGGCCAAGCAAGAAAUCCCAGACCAUGACUUCGAUGACGCUCUCGUUCGCCGUUUGAUGGAGCUAGGGUUCGAGGAGGUAGACUGCAUUAACGCACUAAUCGCGACGGCUGGGCGGCUUGAGGCAUCGGCCACGUGGCUGCUAGAGAACGCAACACCCAUUAUCCCCGCUAAGCAGGGCGAUGGUGAGGGCUGGCAGUUCGCCGGAUUUGAAGUUCGUGCAGGUACAGUGUGUGUGUGUCUUAUCGAUGACUGCGGAGACACGGACGUUCCGCUGAUAGAGCUCAGUACACAGGGCCUGUACUUUUGGCACGAUCUGCAAGCCACUGGUGAUGGCGCCGCUAACUGUACGCUCACUGUCGAGUAUUAUAACCGCAUGGUGUCUGGCUGGGAGCCUUGGAUAGAGCCAUGGAAAUGUCAGCUCCACUGGCAGCAGCAGCAAAAGACAAAGAAGACACCCAAACGACUCCUCGUCAAACUUGACGCCCCCGACCGACUGGAUAUCACCGUCACCACCGUCCUCAUCAACAUGAUCAACCAGACUUUGUCCAGCUGGACAGAGGACCUCUACGGGAGGGCGGACUCCCUCACUUCCCCCGCCCCGUCCGCUGCCACCAGCAGUACCACCCUGGUGGCAGCAGGCUCAAGCUCCACCCUGGUGGGGUCCCGCGCCAGGGAUGAUAGCUUCAGCCGUAGCGUCAGUGUAGAGAGUGGAGGAGGAAGCCCCGAGAGAAGACCAGAAUCUAGCACUUCUCUCGUGUCGCUUGGAGGACAGCACAGGAGGAGAGCCCCUUUCGUGCCUUAUGCGAUCAGGAAUAACACUGGCUGUCUGUUGAUGUUCCGUACCAUUACCACCACUCCCUCCCGUGUCAUCAUCACGAACACAGGCCUAAAGCUGGCCCCUCAUGACGCGCAUGGACCUGGCUAUGACAAGAUGUCCGAGUGGCGCGAGGUGGCCGCCGGCGAAGAGAUUCCAUUUGAGUUCAGCUCAAGGGAGAAGAUGAGGCACAAGGACACCCAUGAUUUCAUCGUGCACCAAAUAGUUGUUCAGGUGGAAGGCUGGGCACCUGUGACCCCAGUAUCUGUCGACCGUGUUGGGAAGUUCUUCCGGCAGGCUCAACCACAGGCCACGGAUGGGAACCCUGUGGCAUCAGAUAUUCAUCCCGCACGCAUUGUGUUUGACGUGACGUUGGAAGGCGGGGCUCGCAAGGUGGUCUCCGUCCAGUCCUCUCUUUCCGUCCUCAACAAGACCGAUAUUCCAGUGGAAGUCAAGCUUCAGGGACCCACAUCAUACCAGGGUCACGUGACCCUCCCUCCUAUCCAACCGCACAAGCACAUGUGCAUCCCGCUGCGUGCGGUCACGUGGCAGCUGUACGCGCGCCCCCAGGGCGUGAGCGUGGGAUUCUGCUCAGAGCCCAUGGAGUGGAAGAGCGUGACCAGAACUCACCACACGGUGGGGUACGCACGUGAGUGCCACGCCCCCGGCAGCACAAAGAAAUUCAGGUUCUGUGCCGUCGUUCGGCGGGAAGGCUUUCCCGAAGAUGACGUCAUGAGUGAACUGGUCUAUCAGCCCAGCACCUUCAAGUUAGUGUCCCAUCCGGCGCACACCAUCUCGAUAGUGGCCCCUGUGGUUCUAAUCAACCUGUUGCCGUGUGACCUGAGCUAUCAAGUCAAGAGCGUCGGUGUCAAGGGGGACAUCAAGGCUGGCCGCUCCACCCCUAUUUACUCGGCGGAUCCAGACAAGCCAUUUGACCUCGGCUUUAGCAUUGAGAACUUCACGUAUUGUGAGAAUCUGCGCGUCACCAAGCGUGGCAAUCUCGCGGAACACCCGAUCACACACGUGGAACUACGGGACACUAACCGACGAUCACUAGUUCUUAACGUGUUGGUCAUCGUACGACCAGGAGGGGCGCUAAGGAUAUCUAUCUUCGCGCCAUACUGGAUGGUGAAUAACACAGGGAUCCCGCUCAUCUUCAGACAGGAGGGCUCGUCCCACGAGAUGGCGGGUCAGUUUGAAGAGCACGAGAUGGCGCGAAGUCUCACGCCGCUUCUCUUCAGCUUCAUCGACAGGGACACGCCCGGCAGGUGUCAGAUGCGUAUUGGCAAUUCAUACCACGCAGGGACUGGGAAGCCCAUAUGGUGCUCUCCAUUUUCGUUGGACACUCCCAGGGAGUUCAACCGUGUUCACGCUCGACAGGCCGACGGGAGGCCAGAUAAAGCGCGCCGUGGGUCUCUGGAAGGCAGUAGGAGGGUCGUAUUUGAUGCGCAAGCUAGCUGUGGUUUUCACGCGCAGUUUGGCAGAGGUCGCGCAGUGCAAUUGAACCCAGCGAGGAAAUGGGUGUAUGAUAUCGGUAUAGACGUGCGGUUUGGUCGCGGUCGGUUUUGUCUGACACGAAUCGUCACCUUCGCGACGCGUUAUCAACUUGAAAACAAGACACCUCACACUCUUGCGUUCAGUCAGAGGCACUUCGUCAGGGAUCAGGGCACCAGAAACCCAGAUGGCACGCUGACUGCACUGCCCGGCGCGCUUGUUCUGUUCCACUGGGCGCGCACGGACCUGGAUCAGCUCCUCUGCAUCAGGCUAAACGACGUAUCGCACUGUCAGUGGUCCGGAGGGUUCAAAAUCGACCGCGAUGACUCGUUCCACAUUAACAUGAGGAGUCUGAACGGAUGCUCCCUGUUUGUACGUGUGGAGAUCAUGCUAAAGGGCGCGACUUUUCACGUGCUGUUCUCUGACGCCUCACAGCUCCCCCCUCCGUACAGGAUAGAUAACUUAUCCGAGGUGCCGGUGAAGUUUUUCCAGUCAGGCACAGAGGAUCGUCUUCGAACCAUACUUCAAGCCAAACAGUCAGUGCCGUACUCUUGGGACGAGCCCACCCUCCCUCCGGAGCUAUCUCUGGGGGUGGUAGACGGGAGCUCUUACGCGCGGUACUUCAUGAAUAUCCUGGGCUCUGGGGAACGCCUGUACUACUACAACCCCAUCUACAUCGUGUUCACUCACACUUUCACCAGCACCGACGGUCACGUGUGUGGCUCGUUCCAUGCUCGCUCGGCUGCACCCGACCACGGGCCGCCCUUAGACCGCAGAGAACUGGUACUAGACGUCCCACAAGGCACCGCGGUCAUCCUUCGCCGGAAGGAGCCCCUGAAGCGCUCGCAGCUAUGGCGCAUGACCGGAACUGGUUUGCUCCGCCACGAGGGCUCCUCUCCGCUGUCCGACCCGCGCAAACCUUCCACCAGCAGCUCGGGCCUUGUGCUUGAUAUUGACAGCUUGGCCCCGCCCACUUGCGGCAAGUACGUGCGUCUGGUGCUCAGUAAACCGAACACGCGGAGGAAGCACUCACAGACGUGGGCCUUCACCGAGGACGGACGGAUGACAUGCGGGCUGCCCGGACUGUUUGUCCAGUCACGUGGGGGGAUUAGCGGACUGCGUGACGGCGUGGACGCCGUGCUUGGUCCAGCUAACAUCACCAAGGAGGAGCAGAUCCCCCUUGAGCAGUGUAUCUCCACGUGUAAGCUCCGCCCGGGAUCAGGGUGUAUGGCCGUCAAGGUGAUUGCAGACGGGCCAACUAGAGUGCUUCGCAUCACUGACAGUCUACUACAUGGCGAGGAGGAAGAAAUGAGGGGUUGGUUACUCGUGGAGCAAAAAGGCGCCCUUGGCACAGCCACCGUCACCAGGAGCCUGGACACUGAUCCCCAGGCAUCCGAGCUCGUAAUUCAGGUUCGCUUGGCCGGGGGGAUUGGGGUGUCAGUCGUCAACUACGUCCCGGAAGAACUGGUUUACGGCGCCUUGGAGCAGAUCGAGGUGGACUAUGUCCGGACACCGAAAAUCGAGACUCUAGAGGCGAACAUCGGACGCAUCCAGGUGGAUAACCAGCUGUUUAACAGCACCCUACCCGUACUGCUCUACCCGACGGCAGCAGAGAAGGGCAGUCGCGAGGAGCACGCCACUCAGCAACCCACGCUACAUAUUUCCGCCAGCAAGGAGCCCACCCGGAUACAGAACGUCGAGAUUUACAAGGGCGUGGAGGUGACGUUGCGUCGCAUGACCCUUCAUGUUGAAGAGCGCCUGUUGCUCAAGCUGCUUCAGUUCUUCGGUUACGUGCAGAAGGAUGAUGACCUCGCCACCACUGACGAGGAGGACGACGAGUGUCUCUAUGACAACCAGAGGGCGGCAGUGACGAGCUCUGGCCCCGCGUCGCGCAGGUAUUACUUUGAGCGGUUGCAGAUAAACCCGAUGCAGCUCAAAGUGUCGGUGGCGUCGGCAGGCAGACUGAGCGAGGACCUGGCCAGCCUCAAGAGUAGCUUGGGACUCAUCCUCUUUAACCUCGAGGAUGCCACUUUGGACUUAGAGUCGUUUAUUCGUGAUCACCCGUUCGAGAGCCUUAACUCGCAUCUUGACUCGAUGAGUAAACACUACACCGAGGAGCUGCGCAGUCAAACCGCGGCCAUAGUUGGCUCCAUUGACUUUCUCGGGAACCCUAUGGGUCUGUUGAACGACGUCUCGUCUGGCCUUGAGGGCCUGGUGAAGAGGGGGAAUGUUGGUGGGCUGUUUCUGAACGUGGCGCAUGGUGUGUCCGACUCGGCGGCUAAGAUCACGGGUUCCCUGUCUGAUGGUCUGUGGAAUGCAUCAAUGGAUACGAAGUUCAAGGAAUCCCGCGAGACCAUGCGGGCAGAGCGUUACGGUAGCAGUCGUGACCAUUUCAUGGCCGGCAUGAGGGGACUGGGGAUGGGUCUGGUUGGCGGGCUAACCAGCAUCGUCACGCAACCGAUAGAAGGCGCGCAUAACGCAGGACUCUCGGGAUUCAUGACAGGUCUCGCUAAAGGCAUCGUAGGAACCGUUGCCAAGCCAACAGCAGGAGUCCUAGACUUUGCUUCCGGCACUGCAGCGGCCGUCAGGGGUCAGGCAACACGAAGCUCGCGCUACUUCCCGCCCAAGUGUACUCGGCCCCGAAGGAACUGCUUCGGACCAAACGGGUCAAUCCCGAGGUACUCCCGAACACACGCCGAGGGCCAGGAAAUCAUGCUCAAGCUGAACGAGAACAACUUCAAUGAGAAGUUCGUAUUGUCCGAGUCUGUUCGGCGUGAUAAGGAGGAGAGGCUAAAGGCUAUCAUCACAACUGAGGGGGUGUAUUUCGUGCGCGCUAAAGGCACGCCCUCGCCCGAGGCCAUUGUACUGCUCGUCAAGUACUGCGACCUGUACGAGUGCCAGCCGCUAUCUGGAGACGGGCGGGACUAUAUCGAGCUUGUGAUGAAGGCCGAUAACAGCAGUGUGCCCACUCCGUCCAAGAAUCCAAGCAAGCGGCCGCGUGUCCGGUGUGAUUCGGGACACAUAGCCAACAGGGUCGCGCAGAAGAUCAACUAUUCCAAGAAUCUCUACGAUGAAGUGCAGCAGACUGUCAUUCCUGACCCCAAAGAGCCUGUCUGGGGUUAGAAUACCGAUGACCUGCAGGGAAUUCACGCCGAAACCUGCUCAGGUAAGAGAUACCGCUGAACUACCUUGCAGACUCAUCGCACCGGUGAACAUUGAGAGCCUGUAGGGGAAGGAAUUACCCUACAAAACCCUAAUGGUGGGGAGGAACGUGCGCAGGUAUAAUACACCGCUGAACUACCUAGCAGACUCAUCCCACAGAUGAACACUGAACGCCUAGGGUGGAAUGAGUACCUCCGCGACUUCGUCAUGGCAGAGAACAUUAAGCAUGCGCGAGGAAAGAAUACCGCUGAACUAAUUCGAGGCCUCAUCUCAAGUUUGAGGUGGAAUAAUAGUGGAAUAAACCACCACUUAAGUAUAACGUGGACACAGCGGUAGGACGCCUGCGCGUGGCGAUAAUACCGCUGAACUAUAACGCGGUUACCAAAAAGUACUUAAGUACCGCAGAAUUUUCUAGAAUAGAAAAGAAAGGCCAAAUAAUGUCCAUAAUUAAUAUUCACAUAGAUAUUAAAGACGUCGAAGCCCGUAA